AUGGCUUCAAGAUUCUCGGCGCAAUUGCUAGUGCCUUUGGCGCGGUCGUCCGUUCGCUGUCGGGCUGCAUCCACUCCCGUCUUCUCGGUUCUCGCCGGCCGACAUGCCAUUGCCACUCCUUCUCCAACAGAGCUUCAGAAGCGGUAUAGCUCUCAUUCUCCGCUGGGGGCCGCCUCGGCCAAUCCCCGAAAGAAGGUGACCAUGCAGACGUUACGGAAUCUUUACAAGAAAGGGGAGCCAAUUACGAUGCUUACGGCGCAUGACUUCCCCAGUGGCCAUGUCGCGGAAAUGGCGGGGAUGGACGUGGUCCUGGUCGGUGACAGCUUGGCCAUGGUUGCCCUCGGCAUGGAGGACACAAGUGAGAUCCUCAUGGAUGAGAUGUUGUUGCAUUGUCGGAGUGUCGCGCGUGCUGUCAAGAGUGCAUUCACGGUCGCAGAUCUCCCCAUGGGGUCAUAUGAAGUUUCCCCCGAGCAGGCUGUUCAGUCUGCCAUCCGCAUCGUGAAGGAGGGUCGCGUUCAGGCUAUCAAGCUCGAGGGUGGUGCGGAGAUGGCUCCGUCCAUCAAACGUAUCACGCAGGCCGGUAUCCCUGUUUGCGGUCACAUCGGGCUUACGCCUCAACGUCAACACGCUCUUGGAGGAUUCAGGGUUCAAGGCAAAACGACCGCCAGCGCAGUGAGGCUGUUGAAAGAUGCCUUGGCCGUCCAGGAAGCUGGCGCAUUCAUGAUGGUUCUGGAAGCCGUGCCUGCUGAGAUUGCCGCCCUCAUUACUAAGAAGUUGCGUAUCCCCACGAUUGGCAUCGGUGCUGGAAACGGAUGCUCCGGACAAGUCCUGGUUCAAAUUGAUAUGAUCGGAAACUACCCCCCGGGCCGGUUCCUUCCCAAAUUCGUCAAGAAGUAUGGCGACGUCUGGGGAGAGGCUAUCAAAGGAAUUCAACAAUACCGUGAAGAGGUUAAGAGCCGGGCGUAUCCUUCCGAAGAAUACACCUACCCUAUUGCGAAGGAAGAAUUGGCCGAGUUUGAAAAGGCCAUUGAGCACUUCGGCAAGGACUAA